GGCCUCUCCGCCCGGAUGGGCUCCCCGGCAGGCGCGUCGGCCUCCGCGGCCGCCGCCGCCGCCGAAUCGGCGCAGUGGCUCUCGGUGAAGGAGGAGACCAUCUUCCUCCACGACGGGCUGAUCCGGGUCACGGACCUGGCCGAGCUGCCGAGCGAGAUCAUCGGCGUGGCCGAGCCCGGAGACACCGAGCUGGAGAUCUUGACGUUCGAGACCAAGAACCCGACGGAGCUCUCGGAGCGCCUGCGUUCGGUCUGUGGGAAUCAGAGCAACGCCUAUGCCCGCCUGCUGGAAUACCGCCUGAACGCCCUGCGUGGACUCUGGAACGCCCAGCGCCAGCUCGCCCUAGAGGAGCAGCAUGAGAGGGAAAGUUCGGGGGAGGACGACGCCCUGGCCCUGCUCAAGCGGCAGGGCCUCCUCCAGCAGUCAGAGCAGGCGCCGUUCACCUCGCGGAUGGGGCUGCUCCUGGUCUUCCCGCUCAUUGAAUCCCAGAGCAGGACAGACCCUUCCCUGUGCAACGUAACCGCGGAGGUGCUCUUGGCGUGCCUCCGUGACUGCCAGCCCCUGAGCUUGACCAAGGAACCUGCAGACUGUCUGAACGGCAUCGAGUCUCUGCUCUGCUCGUGGUUGGAGGAGACCUCCCCCUGCGGCCAGCAGAUUCCACGCAAGCAGAAGGAAAACGCAGCUGCUGCCCUGGUUGCCUUGGCUUGUGCGAGGGGUUCGCUCAAAACAUUUGUCCACACGGUCCAUCUCCUGCAAAAACAGACGGAUUUAGGAUCCCUGCCUGUGGCUGAUGUAUUGUACAGGCUGCUGCUUUUAGAAGGCGGACCCGGAUCACCCUCCUGUUUGCUAGGGGGCAAACACAUGGUAUCCUGGGGCUUUGAAGACAUGUUGCCGGCACCUGAUGCCAAUCCUGGCUCUAGCUCUGAAAAUAAAGAUGCAGACUUAGGACGCUGCCUUGCAGUAGAUGGACUUUACCUUUACACAACCAACUCAGUUGGCCGGGGAAUCAGCAAAUUAGGAUCCGGAUUACACGGUACUUUGCGAGGCUUCGUGUACUGCCGCAACGAGGAGCUGGAAUCGGGCUGGGUGGCCUUCGGCAGUGGCAGGCUUCUCCACAGGCCGGUCUCUUUUGACAAUAAACCUCACUCCCUUUUUCAAGUCGUCGAUCAGAACACUCUUCAGGUAUGCCAGCUUCUCCCAAUGCCCCCUGAGCACUUUCCCAUAGGCAGCACCAUGACCACGGUACAUCUUUCUUCGGAUGGAACCUACUUCUACUGGAUCUGGUCUCCCGCAAGCUUGAACGAAAAAACACCCAAGGGACACUCUGUCUUCAUGGACAUCUUUGAACUUAAAGUGGAGAAUGGCCUCUGCGUAGCCAGUCCCCUCCAGGAGCGCAUCAUCCUGAUGAGGAAAGAGGGGGACUCGGCCAAGAGCAUUAAUGAGAUGCUUCUGAGCAGGCUUUCGCGGUACAGAGCUUCCCCCUCAGCCACCUUGGCAGCACUGACUGGCUCCACAAUCUCCAACACGCUGAAAGAGGACCAGGCAGCUGCGAAUACUAGUUGUGGUCUGCCUCUCAAAAUGCUACGCAAGACUCCCAUAUAUACCUGUGGGACGUACCUGGUGAUGGUAGUCCCACCCCCGGGGGGCUCCGGCAGUUCUGCCACACGGUCCCUCUUUGGCGGAACCAGCGGCUUGUCGUCCUUGAAAAUCCUAGCUUCCAGUCUGGUGUACAAUAUAUCGGACGGGCAGUUUGCAAGCCGAGCAGACCUCAUUGAUGCUGCGGGGAGCUCACUUGGACGUGGCGCUCUUGUUCCUGGCCUAGGUGCGUGCUACGAUGCAAUGAACAACAUGAUCUGGACGUGCUCCAACGACUACAUUGAUCAGUGGUGCAGUCCUGGGAACCAGGCCUUCCAUUACAUCUGCCAGAGGCUAGGAGUCAGCCAUGUCAUUCUGGAGCCACGAGGAGAUGCCAUAACCACAAAUGAGGUUAUCAAUCAGCUCCUGCACCACGUGGGUGCCAUGUGCAUCCAUCAACUCAACCUGCUGGCAGCCAGUAACAAUGUGCCGAUCACAAAUUUUCUGGGCAAACAACACCCGAUUGAAGCCCAUCACCUCAGCAGCAUCUGUGACAUUAUGGAGAAAGCCAUGGUCAAUGGGGACACGUGCAUCAUACGCUGCAUCCUGGUGGUCUUCCAGGUGGUUUUUAAAUUUUUCUUCAGCCCCCAAACAGAGAAGAAUCGUGACAUUAUAAGGCGAUCAGGCCUCUUGCUUUGGCAGUUACUGAUGGCACCCGUGGACCAGAUCAGCCCUGAAAUUCAGAAGGAGGUCUGUCUGGCCAUCAGUUCUGGCCUAAGUAUCCUGUACCCUGGAGAAGCAGAAAUUAAUAACCUACUUAAACUGGUCUUAACUGAAGGAGACAGGAACAGCGGCCUGGCCCAGCUUCGAGAUGUGAUCCUGACCAGCAUGGCUGAACAGCUCCAGAACAACAGAUUUGGCAGUGAAGAGGAUGAGCACUGCAGACUAAAUGAUGAACUUUUGCACUACAUUCUCAAGAUUGUUGUCCGAGAAUCUUGUAUCUUAAUCACCAAGUGCCAAAUGGUCUCCCGAGAUGAAUUUCAAAGGCUUCUCUCAACCGUGCCUGCCGCCUCUGCCUGCCUGCAGUACCUCAUGGCCGUACAGAACCACCUUCUGAGUAAUACCGUUUUGAUUAAACCUGACGAAAACGAUGACAGUGACAGCUCCUUGCAGGGAGAGACCUUGAAGGUACAGGAGCUCAAGACCAGCAUCUUGGCUUUGGCUAUGCAGAUCCUGACGGGGUGCGAUGAAGUGCUAGAGAAGCUGCAGCAGGUCACCACCGCCCUGAUCAACAGUGAUGUGCCAGACAGGGAACAGAGGUUGAAAGGCCUGGAGCAGGUGACCAAAGCCACGGUGCUGGGCCACUUGCUUCCGGUGCUGCUGACCUCCCUGAUGCACCCGAACCUCCAGACGCUGAUGGUGGCCGAUCCUCUCAUGCCCCAGCUGGUGCAGCUGGUCCUCUACACAAGCCAGACAGCCUUGUUGCUGAAAACCCAGUCCCCGGUUUUUUCUGAUGCGAGUUGUUCUCCUGGAGGAGCAUCUGAACCACGGAGCAAAGCCUUCCCCGAUGAGAGGAUGCUAGAAGAAAAAGAAGAACCUGGCUUUCUUACCGGUUUGAAAAUCCCAGCUCCUUGGGCUGCUGGCAAGACAGUAGAGACCGUUCAUCCGGUCAGGGACAACUACAAAUUUAAGGAGACUGUGCAUAUUCCAGGAGCCCGUUGCUUGUACCUGAGGUUCGACAGCCGGUGCUCUUCCCAGUACGAUUAUGACAAGCUGGUGAUCUACGCAGGACCCAACACCAACAGUCGGAAGGUUGCUGAAUACGGAGGCAACACUUUAGGAUAUGGCAGCCGCAGCGUCUUGGGGACCGGGUGGCCUAAAGAUUUAGUAAAGGUGGAAGGGGACACCGUCACGUUCUCGUUUGAGAUGCGGAGUGGCCGAGAACACAACACCCCAGACAAAGCCAUGUGGGGCUUUGCCUGCACUGUCCGAGCGCAGGAAUCUUCUGAGGAUGUGUCUGGAGGGUUGCCCUUCCUGGUGGACCUGGCCUUGGGCUUGUCUGUUCUGGCUUGCUCCAUGCUGAGGAUCCUGUACAACGGGCCGGAAAUAACCAAAGAGGAGGAAACGUGUCAAGAACUUCUGCGGUCCAAACUUCUGCAGCGAUGCCAGUGGCAAGUGGAAGCCAAUGGCGUAAUCUCUCCCGCUCUCACCCCAAGCCCUUCCCCGCUGCCUCUUACGAUCGACGAAGACCAAGAGUUCACUUACCCGUCGGAUGUUCUCGUCCCACCCGUCGGUCACUAUUUUGACCUGCCCCGAAUAAGGCUUCCUCCUGGAAUUAUGAUCAAGCUCAGGGAAAUAUCCGGCCGUGCCCGUCCUCAGUUUAGACCUAGUAUCAGAGAGGUGAUCCAGCCAGACGUAAUGGAAGAGAUGGUGGUUUCGUGUGUGAUCAAGCACUUGAAUCUAGUCGAUGCGCUCCAGUCUCUCAUAAACUUCCAGUACCAGGAGGAGCAUGCUGAGGAAUAUGACUUACUGUGCAAAAUUAUGGGAGAAACCUUCAAGAAACUGAAUGCCAUGGAAAGACAACUGCAGAGUGUUGCUGAACUAGAACAGAAAUGGCAAAGUGAGGUGGAAGAUGCCAUGCAUGGAAAACUGGAAAAUAAUGUCCCCUUCUUUUACGAUUAUCACUUCAAUGAGAGCAAAAUGAAAGAAUUGGAACUUCUGUGCUCGAUGAAGGAGAUUUCUUUUGAUGGCGGUGAUCUCGAGAAUAUGGUCCUUUCACUGAGGGAGAAAUUCUUCCAGGAGGUGAACUCACUGAUCCAGAAGCCUUUGCAUCCCAUGGCUAAGACCAAGAUACUGGUCAAGAGCUUGAUGAACCGAGCGGAGCUGCUGCUGCACGUCACCAUUGCUGCCCAGUCAGGACUCACCAGGAGCAUCUCUGGCACACCGGCAGAGACGCCAGCUUGCAAGUCAGCCUCGGAAACAAAGGUGAUAUCCCAUGCCGUUCGCCAGCCUGUUUUUCUCCGCAGCAUGUCAGCACCAUCGGAUCUGGAGAUGAUUGCAAACGAAGAUCUGGAGUUCACCAGGUCAAGCCAGAGGCGGCGCCAUGUUCCUAGCCACAGAAGCAGCUCCUUUACUCUCCUGCAGUCCCUGGCCAUCGAGGACAGCCGAGACAAGCCCACCUACAGUGUCUUGCUGGGGCAGCUGUUUGCCUUCAUUGGAACCAAUCCUGAGCAAGCAGUGUCCAGCAGCAGCUUCCUGUUGGCUGCUCAGACGCGAUGGCGCCGCGGAAACACCCGGAAGCAGGCGUUGGUGCACAUGAGGGAGCUGCUGACGGCGGCUGUCCGUGUGGGCGGAGUGACGCACCUGGUGGGCCCGGUCACGAUGGUGCUCCAGGGGGGCCCACGAAUUGAAGAGCUCACCUGCGGUGGGAUGGUGGAGCAAGUGCAAGAAGCAUUUGGGGAGACCAUGACCUCGGUGGUGGCCCUCUGUGCGCGCUACCCCAUUGCUUGCGCCAACAGCAUCGGCCUGCUGUGCACCAUUCCGUACACCAGGAGCGAGGAGAAGUGCCUGGUGCGGAGUGGCCUGGUGCAGCUGAUGGACCGGCUGUGCAGCUUAAGCAGCCAGACCGAGCCCAGCUCCAGUGAGAAGCAGACCAAGAAGCAGAAGGUGGCCAUCAUGGCUUGGGCUGCCUUUCAAGUGCUCGCCAAUCGUUGCGUCGAGUGGGAAAAAGAGGAAGGGGGAUCCCCAGAGGCAGUGCACUCGGGCCUCGCUCGCCAGGUUUCUAGCCUCUUGACCAAUCACCUGGCCCGUGCCACCGAGUGCUGCGGCAACCAGGCGGCUGGGAACGACGCCCUGCAGGAUGUCCUUAGUCUGCUGAAUGAUCUUUCCAGGAGCCAUAUCGGCAAAGCCAUCCUCAGCCAGCCAGCCUGUGUGUCCAAGCUCCUCUCCCUGCUGCUGGACCAGCGGCCCUCUCCAAAGCUGGUCCUCAUUAUCCUGCAGCUCUGCCGCGCCGCUCUUCCCCUCAUGAGUGUGGAGGACUGUGGGAAUGUGGAGCUGCCCCCUUGGAGCUACUCGGUGCCUUCCCUGAACAGCGAACAAGAUGAUCCCAGCGACCCAGCCUCCAAAAUCGCCUCCCUGCUCUUGGCCAAGUUGGCGGACUACGUUGUUCCAGGAUGCCAGACUGUUCUUUCCCCGAGUGCUUCAGAGCCAGACACCUCACUAACGAAAGCUAACCCCAAAAGUUCCCUUAAAGGAGACAAAGAUCCCGGAGAAGAGAGUGAGGCUGUGGAUGGCAAACUUUCCAUAUUUAUCCACAAGCGGGAAGAUCAGUCAUCUCACGAGGUCCUUCAGCCGCUGUUAAGCAGUUCAGAAGGCCGGCCGUUUCGCCUUGGAACGGGUGCUAACAUGGAGAAGGUGGUGAAGAUGGACCGGGACAUGACUAAAAGCGGCUGCUGCGAAGUGAUUACGGAGGAGGCGGCGGCGGCUUUGCGGAAGGCCACCAAAUGGGCGCAGUCCGGGCUGAUUGUGAGCGUGGGGCCGCCGGUAGAGACAGCCAGUCCUGAAAACACCGGUGGCCUCUCAACUGGGGACAAAAAGAAAACAGCACAGACCUCCAUCUGCAGGGAGCGGAAUUCAGAGCUGGCCAGAACUGAUCCUGUGCGGCCCUUCAUCAGCGGGCAUGUGGCCAACAGCAUGGCAGCCGAGGUGAUAGCUCUGCUUCACAGCCUGCUCAUGGCACCUGAGUCUAAUGCAGCUCAGAUAUGGACAACCACAGCUGAAAAAGUCUUGUCUCGUGCGCUGAUGUAUAUUCCCCAGCUGGGAAAAUACGCUGAGAGUAUCUUAGAGAACGGCAGCAGCAAUGGGAGGAAACUUGCCAAGCUUCAGAGGAUUGCCCGCCAAGCCGUAGCUGCCCUGUGUGCCCUGGGCGGCUUCAAGGAGACGAUCAAAAUUGGCUCUGAAGUUCAGGUGUUGGGCAGGGGAAUAGCCAGAAGUGUUGGAGUGGUGGCAUCUAUUAAUGAACAAGAAGGCAUAGCAACGGUCAAAUUUCCACCCAUGAAUAUAGACUGUAGAAAGUCCUCCCAGGCCUCAGACAUUUUAACUAUUCCGUUAUCGAGGCUCUGUGUUCCGAGAUCAGAGGCAUUGCCUCUGCAGAAACUGUCCAUUACUGAGAAGGUGGUACAAGCAGUCCAGUCCAUGCUGCUUCCUCAGGAGGGGAGCCUCUCCAUCCAUACCUCGCUUCCUGCAACAGGAGACGGCUCGACUCCAGUUAUGGCGGUGGUCCGACUCCUGGCUGAAAUCCGAACCAGAGCAUGUCUGGUGAUGGCGCAGCUACUGGAGGACAGCUCCUUCUGUGAAGAAUUCAUCCAGCAGUGUCCAGCUGCUGUGGAAGUCCUCAACCUUGUGGCCCAGGAAUGCAGCCCUGGGGAGCGGCUCCUUAUUGUUGAAGUGCAGUGUGAAAGGUUACGGAUGCUGUACCGUGACAGUGCUCGUCCACCACCACCGCCCCUUCAGGCAGACCGAAGACAGCCUAAAGAAAUCACCUGGAGCCCUUCAAGGGUCUUUCCCCCUGUGCGAGCCUGCAUGUUCUCCUCCCAUCUCACCGCUGUGACGUUCCUGGCGGAUCCCAGCGCAGGUGGAGGGCUUCCUCGGGGCACCUUCAUUUAUGCCACCUCAGCCGUUCCCGUGCAGGCACCAUCUUUCUACUGGGAGAUUGAAAUUGUGUCCUAUGGUGACGCGGAUGACGAUACAGGACCAAUUGUCUCAUUCGGCUUUGCCACCGAAGCGGAGAAACGGGACGGAGCAUGGACGAACCCCGUGGGCACUUGCCUCUUCCACAACAACGGGCGAGCUGUUCAUUACAACGGGUCCAGUUUGCUGCAGUGGAAGAGCGUGCGCCUAGAUGUGGCCCUCUCUCCCGGUGACGUGGCAGGCAUCGGCUGGGAACGGACCGAAGGUACGCCUCCUCCCCCAGGGCAGCCGGCCAAAGGCAGAGUGUAUUUUACGUACUGCGGACAGCGGUUGGGGCCUUAUCUGGAAGACGUGUCUGGAGGAAUGUGGCCGGUGGUCCAUAUCCAGAAGAAGAACACCAAAGUCCGAGCCAAUUUUGGCUCCCAUCAGUUCGCCUACGUGGAAGGCCAAGCUCACCGGAAUGCCGCUGACCUCUGCAUCGACCUCGCAGAAGAAAUCAGUGCCAACUUCGAAGUGCUGCCUUUUGCCAUGGCCUCCGACAGCGACAACGAUGCCGGCACCAGCACGGCUUCGGAUCCUGGGACUCAUGGGCCUCCUUGCCGGGUCGCGGCCGUGGCCACUGCUCAGCAACAAUAUGACAGCGACUCCUCUUGCCAUUACAAAAUGGAACGCAGCUAUGAGAACUUUAUCAUGUCAGGUCCAGAUCCUCACCCCCCUCCCAUUGCAGAUGAUGAAAGUGACGACGACGAUGACGACGAUGUCCCACGGGAGGAUCACUACGCCUUGCUCGUUAAAGCCUGGGAGACCAAGGUGUUCCCCACAAUUAGGAGGCGCUUCCGCAAUGAGGCCGAGAGGAAGUCCGGCUUGGAUCAGAUCAAGGGAGCUUUGCAGCUAGGAAUGGUCGAUAUAGCCCGGCAAACAGUAGAGUUCCUCUAUGAGGAAAAUGGGGGUAUCCCGCGUGACCUGUAUCUUCCAACGAUUGAGGACAUCAAAGACGAAGCCAACAAGUUCACCAUCGAUAAAGUUCGAAAAGGUCUCACUGUUGUGACCCGUUGCCCGGAUAGUAAUAAUGUGGCCCCCAACGCCGUAGGGACGGCGCUGCCGAAGUUUGCAAUCCGUGGGAUGCUGAAGACCUUUGGGCUCCACGGAGUCGUUCUGGAUGUAGAUUCGGUGAACGAACUGGUGCAGGUAGAGACGUACCUCAGGAGCGAGGGGGUCUUGGUCAGAUACUGGUACCCGAUUGACAUGCUUGAGCGACCACCCGCUGGAUACCGGAGGACAGCCACAAAUGGACUGGUGUCGCUGGACAAUUCGAACAUUCAGGUUCACAGAGAACUGCUCCGCUGCGAAGCCGUGCUUGCUCGUCUGUACUGCCGGAUGGCUCUGCUCAACAUUUUUGCCCCUAAAACUCCUCACCUGUUCACUCAGCUAUUCAGCAUCCGGGAUAUCACUCUGGAGCAUCUCCAGCUGCUCUCCAAUCAGCUCUUGGCACCCCCGCUUCCGGAUGGUACCAUCAGCUCCACCUCCAUUCUCCUGGCCCAGUCCCUCCAGUACUCCAUCCAUUCCCAGAGUUGCUCGGCCACUGACCUCUUCUACCAGGGCAAUACCCAGACGGUCCAAGAAUGGCUCGCCAUUGCCAUCGCUCGGGCCCUGCUCCAGGGGGAGGAAAGCUUGCUUGACCUGACGAAACAGAUCUGCUUCUUCCUGCAGAAUGCUCCUGAGCAGUUCCCGUUGGAAGAGUUUCCCAUUUCUGAAUCCAAAGUCAACAUGGACGUCCAUUUUCCCGGCGCCGCCUUUGUCAUCGUGUCCUGUAAGGAAAGUCAGUCCGGAUUCCGCAAAGACUCCUCCCUGUACAAGGCCCCCUGGGCCCGGAUUUUGCUCUACGGCCUGGGCCACAAGGUCAAGAAGAAUGGCCAGCUGAACCUCAUAGAGGCCGUGUGCUACCCUCGGGACGCUUCCCCCACCAACACAGGCCUGACCCCGCCCCCCACAACCAACCAGUAUCCUUCGGUCAUCAUCUCGACAGACAAGGUCCACAUCAAACUGGGCGUGUCCCCCCCUCCCGGUGCGGUGCUGGUGCUGCAUUCCCUUCCGCUCGAGUUCCCCCUGGCCGUGGCGUUCGCAGAGCAGCUGCUUGCCUGGAAGCAGGAGGACGGCGAUGGGAGGUCCGACGAAGAGCCAGACGCAGUCCCUGCCUCGAUUCUCCUGCAAGUGGUGGAAAUUCUAGGGAGCUUUCUGUGGACAACUAGCGUGGCCCCCUGUGUGAAGGAACUGCUUUUUCAUCUCCUGGCUGAGCUGCUCCGCAAAAUACAUGGCCUGGAGCAGCGGAAGAGCCCGGCAGGGCUGUCCUCCUCCAUCGCGCUCCAGCUCAAUCCUUGCCUGGCCAUGCUGAUGGCGCUCCAGGCCGAGCUGCACAAGCUGUACGACGAAGAGACCCAGAGCUGGGUGUCCGGAAACGCCUGUGGCGGCUCAGGGGUGGGGGGAGCCGACCAAGGCCGGUUUUCCACUUACUUCCACGCGCUAAUGGAGGUCUGCCUGGCUGUGGCCGAAGUGACCCUGCCGGUCAGCAUGGGCAUCUCCGCCAACGUGAUGUCAUCCACCAGCGGCCCGACCCUGAGCGACUCCUCCUCCUCCUCUUCCUCCUCUCCUGGGCAGACCCCGCAGAGCCCCAGCCUUCUGUCAAAGAGGAAGAAGGUGAAAAUGAAACGGGAGAAGACCUCGACUUCGGGGAAACGGUCUUCGUCCCGCACGGCCGACGCAGACCCUGCCCUGCUGAGCAUCAGUGGGAGUAAGCCAGAGGACAUGCUGUGGUUCCAUCGGGCACUCACCUUGCUUAUCAUCCUCCGGCACCUGACCAGGAAGGACCCCCAGGGGCUGGGCGUGACCAAUGACGCCGUGGCGGAUGCGUGCCAGGCCCUGGUCGGGGCAACGGCUCACAACCGCUUGCUGGUGAUUUCGGGGAUCCCCACGCACCUGGAGGAAGGCAUCGUGCGGAGCGCCAUCCGCAAGGCCUGCAACGCGCAUGGCGGCGUCUUCAAGGACGAGAUCUAUGUCCCAGUGCAGGAGGAGGAUCCCAAGAAGGCAAAGGACAAAGCGGAGGGCGGGGAGUGUCGGACCGAGCCGGACAAGCCGGUGGUGUCCAGCAGUGUGGACAGCUUGGACGUCAGCAGCUCCAGCAGCGUCACUCCAGCCAUGAGCGUCAGUGCCUCCGCCUCCACCAGCCAGGCCUCCCUGUGCAGCUCGCAGGGCAUUUCCAGGACCGUCAGCGAUAUCUCUGUGGACCAGUUUCAGGCCGGCCUGGAGGUGGCCGUUCCGCCCAGCUUGCUGGAGCCGCACGUGGUCUCCAGCCAGGAGAGUCUGGACCUGUCGCUGUGCAGCACCGGGAGCCUGGGCAGCCUGGGCAGCCUGGGGGAGCAGCUGGACAACGGGGAGACAGCUUCAGCGUCUGACGUGGGGUCCAUGUACACCGUCACAUCGCUGGACAGCCAGACAGUCCCAUCCAGACCCAUCAAGGGCUUUGCUGUGGUGGAGAUAAGGUCCCGGGCCAAGAUCGAGAAGAUCCGGGCUAGUUUAUUUAACAGCAGUGAUCUGAUUGGUUUGUCAACACUGGACGGAGAAGAUGAGCUCAUGGAAAUGUCCACGGAGGAGAUCUUAACUGUCUCGACAGUGAAUCAGAGUUUGUUUGAUACCCAAGGGAGCCCUGCGCUGGAAGACUACUUCAGUGACAAAACCCUCAGAGGGGACAAACUUGUGCCCGGUGCUCGUGAAGUCCUCACGGAGAUAUUUAAAAGCUGCCUUCAUUCUGAGCAAACGCUGAGCCUGAUGCCCGUGAAGCCCACCAAAGUGGUGGAGAUUUACCUGAGCAAAGAGCAGAUCAAUGCCCAGGCACCCGGGAACCUGCUGCACACCUUCUUCACCCACGUCCGUCCCCCAAAGAAAGCUCUGGAGGAUCAGCUGACCCAGAUCCUCAGGAAAUAUGGAGUCCCCAAGCCAAAGUUUGACAAGAGCAAGUACAACAAGGUGGGCAAAGAGCAGCACCCGGUGAAAGUCGUGAGCACCAAGCGACUGGCCACGAAGCCCCCGGCCAAGGAGAAGGCCGUGCUGAACAGCGUCAGCAGGACAGCGCUGAGUGAGAAGAAGCCAACGGUGAAGGCCCGAUCCCCGGAGAAGAGCAAACCGGAGGAGAAGGACCCGGACAAAUCCCCCACCAAGAAGCAGGAGGCUCCCGAAGAGAAGUAUUUGACGCUGGACGGAUUCCACAGAUUUGUCAUUGAUCGGGCAAAGCAGGACAUCCGCAGCGUGUGGCGGGCCAUUUUGUCCUGCGGCUAUGACCUCCACUUUGAAAGGUGCGCUUGCCUCGAUGCCAGGCACGCCCAGAAAGCUUGUCGCAAGUGGUCCUUGGAAAUGGACGUCGCCCUGGUCCGGUACAUCGACCGGCUCUGCCGCCACCUGGCCAUAACCCCUGCGCGGCUACACCCCCACGAAGCGUACUUGGACUCUGCUGACGCAGCCGAUCCACAAGUCGCCUGCCUCUUGAACACCCCCGUCGAAAGCCUCCGCCUGCGCUUCGCCUUGCUGCAGUCCCUCAACACCACCUUGGAGACCUUCUUCCUCCCGCUGGUGGAGCUCCGCCAGACCAAGGUGUACCCCAACAGCAUUGCCGCCCUCCUGCAAGAGGCCAAAGGACUGAUUUUUUAUGACACGAAAGUGACGGUCUUGAAUCGAGUGCUAAAUGCCACCGUGCAAAGAACAGCUGAUCAUGCCGCCCCAGAGAUCACCUUGGACCCCCUCGAAAUAGUGGGAGGAGAGAUUCGUUCUUCAGAGAAUUCCUAUUUCUGCCAGGCUGCCCGGCAACUGGCUUGCGUCCCGUCAUCACAGCUCUGCGUGAAACUGGCCAGCGGAGGAGACCCCACUUACGCCUUCAACAUCCGCUUCACUGGCGAGGAGGUUCAUGGCACAAGUGGAUCUUUCCGUCACUUUCUUUGGCAGGUCUGUAAGGAGCUCCAGAGUUCGUUGCUGUCCCUCCUUCUGCUCUGUCCAAGCUCAGCAGUCAACAAGAACAAGGGCAAAUAUAUUUUGACCCCGAGCCCCAUCAGCUAUGGGGAGGAACAGCUGCUGCACUUCUUCGGGCAGCUCCUAGGGAUUGCCAUCCGAGCUGACGUCCCUCUGCCUCUGGAUCUCCUGCCCUCCUUCUGGAAGAUCUUGGUGGGAGAACCUCUGGAUCCAGAUCUGGACCUCCAGGAGGCUGACGUACUAACCUACAAUUACGUCAAAAAAUUUGAAAAUCUUAAUGACGAGAUGGAGCUGGAGGCCCUCUGUGCCGAAAUUGCUUCCCAGCACCUUGCGAUGGAGAGCCCAGACUGUCCCAGCAAGCCCAGCUGCAAGUUCACCUACGUGACCGUGACGGGAGAAGAGGUGGAGCUGUGCGCCAGAGGCAGGCACAUCCCCGUGGUGUGGGAGAACAAGGAUGUCUACGCAACGGCCGUUCGGAAUCUGAGGCUACAUGAGCUGCAGACCCCGGAGUGCGUGAUGGCCGUGAGAGCCGGCCUGGCCUCGAUUAUCCCUCUGCAGGUUCUGACCUUGCUAACGCCCGUGGAGAUGGAACUCCGAACCUGUGGACUCCCCUACAUCAACCUGGAGUUCCUCAAGGCCCACACCAUGUACCAAGUUGGGCUCAUGGAGACUGACCAGCAUAUUGAAUUUUUCUGGGGAGCCCUGGAGAUGUUCACUCAGGAGGAGCUCUGCAAGUUCAUCAAGUUUGCCUGCAACCAGGAGCGCAUCCCCUUCACGUGUCCUUGUAAGGACGGGGGGCCAGACACGGCACAUGUGCCGCCGUACCCCAUGAAAAUCGCGCCCCCAGACGGCACGGCAGGUUCCCCAGAUUCACGCUACAUCCGUGUCGAGACCUGCAUGUUCAUGAUCAAGCUCCCUCAGUAUUCCUCGUUAGAGAUCAUGCUGGAAAAGCUUCGGUACGCCGUCCACUAUCGCGAGGACCCUCUCAGCGGCUGACCUGCUCCGCCCGAGGGAAGGCCCUUCGGAGGAGGCAUCCGAGAAGUUGGGCCGCAAGGAGGCGAGAGCAGGAGGCGGGUUCUGUCCUCGCCUCCGUCCUUGCAGCCGCGGUGGCGGAAGGCUUCCGUUUCCUCUUUGCAGACUCCUGUGGCGGAGGGGGUGUCCUCGCUGCCUUACGGAGAAGUCGGUGCGUGGACUGGCGUUCGCAGACCUGGGGACCUCCCGUGUCUUCCCAGCUAGAAGGGUGCUGAUGGCUGAACGGGCGUUCAGGGAUCAGGCUCACGAGGUGGUGACCUCCCCCACCCCCCAUUUCUGAGGGCAUCAGUGAAGCAACCACGCUCGUUUUCUGUGACCCAGGCAGAAUGUAGUUCACCAGACGAGAACUAACGCUUUUCACUUUUUGCCAGGGUUGGAACUGGAAGUGGGAACUUCACACAUUCCACUGUAUGGUGAUAAAUAACGGUCGCUUCAUGUCUGCCGAAAGCCUAAAUGGUGAUGAUCUAAAGGAUGGGGGCGGGGGGAGUGCCUGUCUCUACUGUUAGAAUGGUCGCCCGCUAAUCAGCUCCCCAAAGGCCUGCCUUGCACUCAAGAGAUGGCCCUUCCAAGAGGACUGUUAGCAUGUUGCAGGAAGUGGGGGAAAGCGAGUUCAGAGAGCGGGAUCCUGGGUUCUUCCCUAGCAAAAGGCAGCGAGGAUCCAUCUGGCUUUCUGGUUUCCUUGUUUUUGUUUCAGUUAAGAGUUUUCAAGGUAACUCUUGAGACUGACCUGGGGAUAGUACCGGCAUCCUUGCCAGAUGCACCCUGCUUUUGAAUGGCACAUCGAGCAUGCACGUGGUUUUUUUCUUGAUGAAUUUCAAGGGCGUCCUAAACAUCUAACAAAAAUAGUGUUGGAUCAAGCCAUUUUGGGGUUGCCCUCCAGCCCGGGACUCCAGAGGGCCUCAGCAGCCCAGCUUGGCUUGGCGCUGCCCAGGAGACGUACACGCCGGCACUUGUGGCUUGCUUGCUUCCCUGCGGAAGCCAUGCCGUCACAAGCUGUAACCUAAAGGCUGCUGGGAGAUGAGAUUCUGAAUAGUUUUGCUUCUCCGUAGCAACGGGAGAGCUGUAUUUAUUGUAUAUUACUGUGAAUACUGUUAAUUAUUUGGCCUGUGAGAUGCGUGGAUGGAGGCUGGGGAUGAUUGGCAAGAUGCAUGACUGUUUUUAGAGCAAGGAGUUGAAGUGUGGACAGACUCGGUCUUCACACUUGCUUGGUCAUCCCUUUGGACCCCUGAGCCUGGCCCCUCUUCUGGCCGAGGUGGGCCCCGCUCGGACUAAAGGGAGAUGUGGCGUGGUGUGUUCACAAGCGCUCAGGAGAAACCAGUUAGAACAAAGGGGCUUAACCGGCUUUGUUUCAUCCACAAAAGACUGUGCUGCGCAGAUCCAGAGAUCUCGUGGCUUCUGGAUCUGAAACACCCGGUUUCUCCUAAGGGGGCUUCUUGUUCAAAUACCUCAGAUACCUUUCAGUUGCCACAUCGCCAGCUGCAAACGUCAGCAGGUGCUCCCUCUCCCCCCUGGAGACCAGCAGGGUAUCCAGAGUAACCCCACUUUGGCCCGGAAGCGUGUGUGCUGUAAAGUGACUUGAUGUAUAUUUAUUCCAAUUAUUUAUGGUUGCAUUUAAGAAAACAAAUGGUCUUCUGUGGUGUUUACGCCCCCCCCCCCACUGCAAAUGGAGCUUCUCAGGGGAGCUUUUGCGCCCAGACCGUACGCCCUUCCUCUGCACGGUGGCUCCCUUUCAAAGAGCGGGCAAGGGCGAGCUGGAGGCGGCUACUCGGUAAGACUGGGCUAACUGUGAAAGAAAAUGGUCUGGCUUUCCAGUCUGCCAGAUCGGCUUUGGCUCUGUCCGGCUGCGGUUUACGCCCUGCAGUAAGGCUACCGCUCGCCACCGAGUCCGGGACAGGGAGCGUUCUUUCAACUUGAAGCAUUCUGAAUGUAAAAGCUGUUCCCGGAGGCAGCAGAGGCGCUUCAGUUUCAGCUAUGUUCGGCAUCCAUUUUGGUGUUUAUUGUCCGUGAUCAGCCUGCUGAGGCACUUCUGGGCAGGGCUGGAGCCUCUGGGCUGGGGGGCUCCCCGCUUCCUGCACAUGCUCUGCAGCACCUGGCUGGGAAGCAGGAGCCCCAUCGCACUUGAGGCACCGGGACAAGUCAGGCUCCUCGAGGCGGGGAACCACAGGCUGCCUCCUCCGGCUCACUUUGGGACGGGUUCGAUGCGCUGUACUUUUUUUUAUUUAUAUUUACUUAAGCAAACAUGUAAAUAUUUUGUAUGAAAGAGGAAAGCGAGCCUCAAGGGCUGUUGCUUUCGGGCAAGGAGGACUCUGCGUUUCCUUCUGCCCGGGGGGAUCGGCCGCUCAGCUGACAGGCGCUUGUUUGCCAUUUUGUUAAUUUAUUCUCCGCUUUUCACACCUUGAUUCCAUCACAAACUGUUGCCUCUUCUCAAGAAUAUUAAAAAAAACCAUAGCUUGUCUCGGUAAACACACAAUAGUACUUCGCCCUCAGAAAGAACACUGCAAGGUUGGUUCCACUUGUUUUUAAGAAUUCUUUGGCUUUUCUUGUAUUUAAUAAAUGCUUACAUUUGG